GUUGCUCGGCGAGGGCCCUGGGCCAAGCUCUGGGCACGCCAGCGCAGGCACCUCGUGGCCGGACUCGCUCGAAGAUGGCGACCAGUCGAUUGCGGCAGCCUCCUCGUCAUCAGCAGCAGUUGUUAAGCUGCAAACGCGGGUUGCCGCGAACUGGCGGCAGUCGCGGGUUGCUGGCGGGUGCGGCAACCCAUAUCGCGACGCGCAACAUCAGAAGAAGCUUGACAAACGCGUAGAGCGGCAGAUCCGCAAGCACCAGAGAAUCCAGGAGCAGCAGGAGUCUGCAGGCGUGUUCGCAGCGGCGACCAUGGCGGCUCUCGGAACUGCUACGAACGCGACCCACGCGGCGAGCGAGGGGCCGCAACAACAGCAGCCGCAGCAGCCAGCGAGUCAGUAUGCCUGGGGCGGCGGCGGCGGGUGGCAGGCCGCAGGCGGUGGGAGGCUUGACCUGGCGCCGGCAGCGCCGUGCGAGGUGGGUGCGGUGCCGGCAGCGUCCGCUGGUGCUGUUGCCUGUGGGGCUCCGCCGCGCGCUGCAGCGGCGGCGGCGGCGGGGCCUGCAGUAGAGGAGGCGAGCAGCAGCAGCAGCGGUGUAUACGUGGACGGUCUGGCCAUGUCUGGCUGCCGCAGUGUGCAGGCCAGCAGCAGGACGGCUGCCGCUCAUGCAACCGCGCUCAGACGCUUGCAUCCCACUGCAAUGCUGUUGCCGCAACGUGGGCGCUCGCGGCAACACGAGCCCGCGGGCAGUAGCAGUAUCAACAGCAGCAAUAGCAGCAGUAGCGCCGCCGGCGGCGGCGGCGGCGGCGGUACAGGCAGUAUGCUCGCCACACGGCCCCCAGCGAAGCGGCUGCCCUGGGCUCACUUGGCGCAGCGCGAGGCGGCGGAGGCGUGGGCUGCGGAAGACGCCCUGGCAGCGGCAGAUGCAGAGGCUGCGGCCAGCGCAGCACUGCGGGAUGCAAAAGCGGCAGCGGCGUGUGUGAUCCGUGCGGCGGCACGCGGUGCGGUGUACGUCACCCCAAGCGGGAGCACCGGGGCGCUCGGGAACGUCUCCAAUGUCCGCAACUGGCCGCAGCCGCUCGGGCCUAUCAGGGCCGUACGCGCGGGCGCGCGGCCGUCGCAUCACUCACAGCACGCGCCGCGGCCGCUCCAAGUGCUCGAUGUCACAAACGACGGCAGCGGCGGACUGAGGCUCAACCACAUGCAGCUGCCCGGCAACCUUCAGCAGGGGCAGGUUCGGGAGCAGGAAACGGUGCCAACACUUCCGCUGCCGCUUCUGCCACCACAACCGCCGCAAGGACUCCCUGAGUCUGUGGCAGCAGCCGGACCCAUGACAGCGGCACCCUCUGCGAUUGUGGCGGCGGCUGCAGCAGAUGACCCCGCUGCAGGCGCCUCAGGCGGCGGUGCCGACACGCUGACAUGGCUGCCACCCCAGAUCCGGCACCCCUACGAGGCCAUGCUGGCCGCAGAGGCCGCACUGCGCGGUGUGCUGGCGGCCGCGCCGCCGCAGCGGUCUGCGAUUGCGCUGUUGAUUGGGUCUAUGGCUCUGUCGGGGAACAUAGCCCACGUGACGGCGGCGUUGCAUGAGGCUGAAUCGGACGCAGACACCAGCGGCUGGCAGCAGCAGCUGCGGGCGGUGGUGGAGCCUGGGCUUGCACUUGCGUUGCACUGCUGCCAUGAAGCCGGUGUUGUUGCGGAAGCAGAGGUUUUCGCAACCGUGACCUGCAGCAUGCCACAUCUUUGGCAUGAGCCACAGAUUUCACACCCCACUGCUGCGGCGCUGCCGGCAGAAGUGGAGGCCAGGCGUCUUACGCUCAACGCGGUGAUGGCCAGGGUUCAGGAUCUCGGGAGGGCAGCGCAGGCGGAGGGCCCUGAAUUUGACAACCGAACGGCACAUGAGCUGCGGCAAGCGGUCGGUCAUAUGGCCGCGGUGGAGACUGCCCUGGCGGAGGCAGCUGUGCAGCACGGCGUGGCAGGCGACAACGGCCUGAACAAUAUUGUGGCGAUGUCUGUGGUCUUGUCGUACGCAGCCGGGGACCUGCUGUGCGCACGGCAGGUGGGCUUCCCGGGCACCAGCAGCAGCAGCAGCAGCGCUGGACAGCAGCCACCGGCGGGAGUGCAGGGGCCGCGACGUCGUCAUCAGGAGGCACCGCAUGAGUCCGUGGCGGUUUCGGCGGCAGCGGCGGCUGCAGCAGAUGACCCCGGUGCAGGCGCCUCAGGCGGCGGUGCCGACACGCUGACAUGGCUGCCACCCCAGCUCCGGCACCCCUACGAGGCCAUGCUGGCCGCAACGGCUGUGCUGCGCGGUGUGCUGGCGGCCGCGCCACUGGAGCAUUCGGCGAUCGCGCUGUUGGUCCCAGCCAGGCGGCUGGCCGGUGCCGUCGACACGGUGACAAUGGCGCUGCACGAGAGCAAGUCGGACGCAGCGGCCAGCGGCUGGCAGCAGGCGCGGGCAUGCGUGGAGCGCGCCCUUUGGGCUGCGGGUGUGUUGCACCGAGACGCCAUGGCAAUUGCUGAGGCAGACAUCAUGGACAUGGCACAGGUCUGCAAACAGCCCCGUCUCUUGCUGGAGCGGCAUGCGUCGCGCGCCGCUGCCAACGCCGCGGGCGCGGCCCGGCUGCCGGCAGAGGUGGAGGCCAGGCGCCGCGAUCAUGAUGCAUUGUUAGACAAGGUCCAAGAGCUACUGACGGCGCCGUCGGCGUCGGCUAUGGGCCUGGGUCUGGGCGAUCGGUCGGCGGCGGAUGAGCUGCGGCAAGCGGUCGGUCACAUGGUCGCGGCGGAGACUGCCCUGGCAGAGGCAGCUGUGCAGCACGGCGUAGCAGGUGACAGCGGCCUGAACAAUAUUGUGGCGAUAUCGGUCUUCUUAACGCAAAUAGCCAAGGACCUGCUGCUCACAGAGCAGUCGGGCUUCCGGGGCACCAGCAGCCGCACUAGCGCUGGACAGCAGCCACCGGCGGGAGUGCAGGGGCCGCGACGUCGUCGUCAGGAGGGUGCGGCCGGCAGGGGCGGCGGUGCGGCAGCGACCGCGGCCGCAGCCGCGACCUACCCACCCGAGGUGCAGCGCCGGUAUUGGGACAUGGACGCGGCGGCGAGCCGGCUCGAUGCGGCUGCGGCCGCGGCGGAGACGGCGCGCGUGGGGGAUGCCUUGGAGGGUGCUGCGCGCGAGGCGCUUCGAGCCGUUGACGCAUUGAGGGCGGCGGCGGCAGCACACGGCUUGGCUCAGGACGUGGGCUUGGAGCGUGAUGCGGGCACCGUGGAAGUGUUCUCGCUAGCACUUUUGGAUUGGCUGCGGGUGACAGACCAGCUGCCGACGCGUGCAAAUGGCAGGGGCGGCGGCGGAGUGAGGCAGAGCGGCGGCCGCCGAGUGAGCUGCGGUGUGGCAGCAGCCGGCAGCUUGGCUCCUGCCGAUCAACAGCAAAGACGGAGCAGCCUGUUCGCCCGGCCGGCACGGGCGCCCCGGGCAGUGGCGUCGCCACCAGCGCUGGUGGGAGCGGCUGCUCAGCCCGGUGCUCAUCGUGAGAACGAGGUGGGGAGGGCGGCGCGUGACGAUGGACGCGGCACCGGCGGCGGCGUCCGGGCAGGCGGCGACACGGGCACCGGCGGCGGUGGGGCUGCGCUGGCGGCUGAGCGGCCCCAGCCUCCGGUCCCUUGUCCGCCGACACGGCAAUCCUGGAUGCCGAGUAUCCUCGAUGCUGCAAAUGCGGCCGCAGCAUUCCUCGGCGGUGGAGGCGGCGGCGGCGGCGCCGGCGGCGGCGCCGGCAGCGCUGGCUGGGACGACAUGGUUGACGCGGACGAAAGCAUGCCUGACUACGGCCCCUAUGCGGUGCUUCCGCCGCCGGCUGCGUCGGCUGCUGCAUCGGUCGCCGCAGCGGCCGUGGCGACGGCCGUGGCGGCGGCUGUGGCGUGUGGUGUGGAUGAUGACCUGUCGCAGCCGGUAACGCACUGGCGGGAGCUGGCGCAUGGGCUGAUGCCGUCGCCGCCGUCGUCGCCGCCAUCACGGUCACUGUCAUUGCCUUCGUCGUCGCCUUCGUCACCGCCGUCGGCGUCAGCGUCGCCGCUGCACUCGCGCCCUGGGGACAUCGGCUGGCACGGCGCGGGCGAGCCGCGGCUGCGGGUGGCGGGCGGCGCAGCCUCCAGUGCCGACAUCUCCGCCUGUACGGCGGUGAAUGCGGCGGCGGCGAUGGAGGUGGCGGUGGCGGGUCAUAACGUGGAGCAGGAGGGCGCGUCGGCCGGAGGAGGAGGCGGGGGAAGAGGAUGGGGGCAGGCGGGAAGAGGACGUGGCGGUGGCGGCGGGCUGCAGCUGCUGCUGGGGCCCAGGUCCCCUGACUCCGCGUGGGGCGGCAACAGCAAGGGCGGGUGGGCAGAGCACGCGGAGGAUGCAGAGGCGGCGGAUGACCGUGCAUGAGGAGGUACCGGGGGCACGACGAGGGCGUGUCCGCGUGAUGGGAGGGGCAGUAGUAGAGCAGCGAAGGAAGGUAUGGCCACUGAGGUAAGGUGUUACACUACCUUAAGAUAGGUAAUAUGCGCAGACUGGAGGCCAUUCCCUUCGCUGAAUUGCUGAUGAUGCCCGAUGUGCGCGUGAAUCGGCGUCAUGCGGUGGAUGGAGCUGAUGGCAGGCGCUGCGGCGGUGGUUGCGCCUGAUUGCGCCACCGUCGGUAUUGUUAGGAAAGCAGAGGGAGAAGGGGUCGAGUGCUAAUAGUGUGGGCGUAGCGCCGGAGCGGUUUGCGCGCCUGGAUGGGGCGGCGACAACAAGCAGUGCUGGGGACGGCAGGGUCAGCAGCUCUAGCGGUACAGGUGGACGCGGUAUUGGAGUAGAUGUGGCGGAGGUGUUCCCGCAUUGACUGGGGAAGGGGACCGUAGAAGAACAUGCACAUAAGAAAUGCAUGGUAUGUGCUUGCGCACAAUUCAAGGUUGUAAGGGUAAUGGGCA